AUGAGCCUCCUCGCCCACCUCAUCGACGCGCACUCCUGGCCCGUGCACACCAUCCGCUACGGCACGCACCUCGGGCUCGGCGUUCGGGCGUUGGAGCCGCGGGUCCUGCUCGUCGCGGCGGAGGAGGACGAGGCCGUGUUCAUCCUGGCCAUCGGCGCGCUCGGGCCGACCAGGGCCGUCUCGGUGGUGUGCGUCAGGGCCAACGGCGAGGCGGGGCAGCAGUACGGGCUCAAACUCUGGGCGCACGCCAGCAACGAGCGCGCCAUCACACUGGACUGUGAAGUCACCAGCAGCGCUGCGCCGGGCGAGGUCGCCGUGGAGACGGUGGAGUUCUUGACGGUGCCGCCGGCCAUGAUGACUGGACCUCAGGCGGACAAGGAGAUGGUCAUCACUGUUUGCAUUGACAAGAGCUUCUGA